UUAAAAGCCUGACAGACGAGAUCGGGAUAACGACUCUAACAUCUCAUCUUCUGCACAAGGCAGUCCUGCUGUCCAAAGAGGAUUCUUCACACUUUAAUGAACGUUUAGUAGAUUCUGGCACAUUGGAGGAGUGUUACAAUGGAACUGUUCAACUCUGCUUUUGGAAAAAAUAUUACUUUUGUGCGUCCUGCGUAUUUUGUAAUCAAUGGAUUUAUUGGCUUGCCUAACAUGAAGUCCUACUACAUCUUUCUUUUUUUUCUGUAUAUAAUUUCUGUGGUGGGAAACACAGCCGUAAUGGCUAUAAUAUAUUUAGAUCACAAUCUAAGAACUCCAAAGUAUGUUGCCGUUUUUAACCUUGCAUUUGUGGACCUGUUAGGCAGCUCUGCUCUGGUACCAAAGGUGAUUGACAUCUUUCUGUUUAACCAUAACAUAAUUCCCUACAAUGAUUGCUUGACAUUCCUUUUUUUCUGCUACUCUUGCCUUUCAAUGCAGUCUUUUAAUCUGGUUGCUCUCUCCUACGACCGACUGGUUGCCAUCAUAUUUCCUCUUCACUAUCAAGUAAAAGUAACCUGCAGAUCUAUGUUGACUUUGAUCACCUCUUUCUGGAUCUUUGCUAUAGUUGCUGCCUUAAUUGCUGUCGGCCUCCUGACAAGACUUUCAUUCUGUAAGUCUUUGGUUAUUAACAGCUAUUUCUGCGAUCACGGUCAGAUCUACCGCCUCGCUUGCAAUGACAAUUUUCCAAAUCAUGUGAUUGGACUUUUUUAUCCUGUUCUUAUUUUUUGGCUGCCGCUUGUUUUUAUCCUUUUAAGUUACCUCUAUAUUAGUUAUACUUUAGUAAAAGUGGCAACAUUUCAACCAGGAAUCAAAGCCUUAAAGACCUGUAUCGCUCAUCUUUCAUUAGUGGUUAUCUACUUUACCCCCCUGUUAAUCACAUUUACAUUGAUGGAAAAAAUACAUCCAAACAACAGAAUCAUAAACUUGUCUUUGACCUCUGUGCUGCCACCAAUGUUGAACCCAAUCAUUUAUGUUCUGCAGACGCAUGAAAUCAAAGUGUCAAUGAAAAAGUUAUUCAAAAUAUUUUUUAAAUCAAAAAUAAGAAGUAAAAAUUCCACAACAAUGUGACUUGACUGUAAAAAAAAACAUAGUACUCUUCUGUGUUUAAAAAUGUUUCUCAAUAAGUUUGCUUAAAAUUGCCAUUUUAAACUAUGGUCGUUUUUAAUUGUUUUAUUUCAACAAUUAUGUCAUAUUUUCCUACUAACCUACUUCAUUUUUUCCUUUUUAGAAAUGAUCAAGAAAACUAUAAAUGUUGUAAAAGAAAUACGUUUCCACUAAACUGGUGACCUAUUUAUCUUAUAAAGAGAUACAGUCGAAUAGCAAAAUUAUAAAUUAAUCAAAUGUGGAUUGUUGUGUUACGAGUCAUAUGACUUGUAUUAUAUUGAUUGUGUGUUUUUCUACACUAGGCAGCCUGUGUUCAAACAAUAAAGACAUAAGCAUUUCUUGUUAAGUUAUGAUUGACUUUUAUUUCCAACAACAAACAUGGCUUCCCUUGCAUUUGAUAAAUUUGGUUGUUUUAAUGUGGGCUUCAUGGUGGCUCUUGUUGUCAUGGUAACCUCAUAGAGAAGGUUCUGGGUUUGAAUCCUGGCUUUGGCUCUUUUUUCACAGCUUCUCUUCAAGUUCCUGUGCUGUACAAAACCAUGCAGGUUUAUUAGUUUACUUCAGAGAGUAAAAUUUAUGUCUUUUGUCUAAAGAGACAUUUUGAACAAGACCAAAAAGUAGGAUUCUAGGCGAGAAAGAGUUUGAGGCCCAGGAGUUUCCAAUGACUUAGACUUCAGAAGUUCUAAUUUAAGUUAUUGAUUAAUAUUUUAUCAGUUUGUAAAUGGGUAAUUGUAUCAAAACACCUGCCAAAACUGGGCCUUUGAGGACAU